AGCAUCGAAGGUAAACAAAGAGGGAAACCCGCACCCGGCCUGAGUCCUGCUACUGUCUAAACACUAAACACUUCUACUUCUUUUACGGCCGUUCUGUCUGAUAAAACGAUGGAUGAGAUAUUUUCAUGCCGAGCAAGUAUUUAUUACGACCAAGGCGGCAGGAAAUACAUGGAGGACUUGAUGGCGAUGAAGCAGGAGGACGAGCCAAGUGAAGAUGAACUGAACGCCGCGGAAAGUGGCGAGGACGCGGCUGCAUCAAAAAACCUUCCCGCGGGGAAAAACCCUGACGCUUCGAUUCAAGACUCCAUCCCUGGAUCUAUAACGGUUACAUAUGUCCAGGACGAUAAUGCGGGCUCAGCUCUUCGGCAGGCGUCCAUGCCCACGGCCCGCCCGUCCAAAGACAUCCAUCGUUCGCGGGAUGUUGCUAUUUUCGCCGUGUUCGAUGGCCACGGGGGUUCGGACGCGGCGCGUUUCGCUCGCGACCAUCUGUGGGAUCACAUCAAAAGACAAAGAGGCUUUUGGUCAAAAGACGACGACGAGGUGUGCGCGGCUUUGCGAAAGGGGUUUAUCUAUUGUCACCAUGCCAUGUGGAAAAAAUUACCGGAAUGGCCGAAGACCUCUACAGGACUUCCCAGCACAUCAGGCACAACUGCUAGUAUUGUGGUGAUCCGACGUGACCGUAUGUAUGUGGCCCAUGUUGGGGACUCUGCUGUGGUGUUGGGGGUGCAGGAUGAUCCCUCUGACGAUUUCAUCCGAGCAGUGGAAAUUACACAGGAUCAUAAACCUGAACUCCCAAAGGAAAGGGAGAGAAUAGAGGGACUGGGUGGCAGUGUAAUUAAAAAGUCUGGAGUCAAUAGGGUGGUGUGGAAGAGACCCAGACUCACCCACAAUGGACCAGUAAGGAGGAGUACCGUUAUUGAUCAGAUCCCCUUCCUUGCUGUGGCCCGAGCUCUUGGUGAUCUCUGGAGUUAUGACUUCUAUAGUGGAGAAUUUGUAGUUUCACCAGAGCCUGAUACUGCGGUAAUCAAGCUGGAUUUGAAGCAGCACCGAUAUGUCAUAGUAGGCAGUGAUGGGUUAUGGAACAUGGUGUCAGCACAGGAAGCAGUGUCUAUUUGUCAGGACAAUGACAAGGCCAAGGCAAAGAACCAAAAGGAAAACGUUUCUAAUGCUGUUCUGCUGGUGAACCAUGCCUUACUGAGAUGGCGUCAACGCAUGCUCCGGGCUGAUAAUACCAGCGCCAUUGUUAUCUGUUUGGAGCCAUUUAGGACAUCUUCAGAGAGCUUGCUACCUUAUGAGGUUGUAUAUAAUCAACAGGGACCAAAGUGUGACUCCAUUCCUAAACCUUGCCCUGACUCAGUGUCAUCUCAGAUUCCACUGCAAGAUGCACCCUCACCUGCAAGUGAACUUAAGCCAACCCCAGAGCAGCAAAACGGCAGCUGUGAGACGAGGAGUUGUGGAAUAUCUGAAUCAUCUCCUUAUAGCCUUACAAACUCUGAGGACCUGCCUUGCAAAGACCUCAGGAAUAACUCCUUGGAUAAUGAGGCCAAUUGUGACCAAGUGCCUACAGGCAAACGGGUGCUGGACGAUUCCUCCACACCUGUAGGGAAGAAGCCUCGUCGUAGUUUGUCCCAUUCCCCUUAUAAAGAGUCCUGUAUAUCCCCACGAAAACAGAGCAAGCAGCCCUUGCCGAAGAGCAGUGGCAAGGGUCAGAAACAGUCUGAAAAUGGCCAAGUUCUGCUUCAGCAGCGUGGAAAUACUACUGUAUGUGUUUGUUGACAUUUUUGUUCCUAUUACAAUGAAAACUCACAUUCAUGGUGGACAGUCAGACUUUGACAGUAGUACAUAUAAGCUACUGAGAAACCAAACCCUGAGGCAAAUAACCAUGUUAAAACACUCUCACCCAUAAUAUUGUCUGUUAUUUUAUGGUUUUAUACUUUAUAUUUUGCAAACUGAUGAAAAGACAUUGUAUUGUUUAAUCCAAUUUUAAAUGUGUUUUUAGUUUUUCCUCUUGUGUGUUCACUGCUUAUUCAAAUGUUUUUUUUUUUUUUUUUUUGUUUUUUUUAAGUAUUUCAAUUUUGUUAUUCUUCAGUUAAUUAAGGUAGACAUGAUGGAUCAAAUAGGGAUUUUUGCACACAAAGUUUAAUUUGUGCAGUCUUUUGUGGAAGGAAAAUUAAAAAGAAAAAUUACCAAAAAAGAAAGCAUAUCUUCUGAGAAGAUAAUUCCCUGCACCUUACAUGUCACCUGUUUCAAAAAUGGUUUGUCUCAAGAGAUUUUAUUGGGAGCAAUGGCUUAGGUAUUUUUGUACAUUGUUUUACUGAACAAGGAAAAUGGUACAUCACUUGUAGUGUUUACUGGCAUCAAAUCUAAACCCUGUGUCAUAAAGUUUAACGUUAAAGUUGAAUGUGAGCAUGAACUUUAUAAAUUAUGCAUUUUGGAGUUUAAACAUUAUGGUUGUUUUACUGUUUUCAAGGAUUUCAUAAACAUUGAUGUUUUAGUUUUUUUUCCCUAAUGGGAGAAAUUGUCAUUUUAAACAAAAGGUGCUGCUAUGCUAUAACAGGUCAAUAAAAAAAAAACACU